AACUUGGAAUUGAAGAAUGUCAGCAUCAGUUCCAGAUGAACAGAUGGAAUUGCACCACAUAUCAAGAUCCACAACAUAAAGUGUUUGGCGGAGUCUUAGACAUCAGAACAAAGACACUCGAGGGAAGUGGGAAUGGGGCGGAUGUUCUGNUAAACGUUAAAACAAGGGCUGAAAACGACAUCAGAAGUGAACUCUUUUUUAGUGGCAAAGAGUCCAAUGAUUUGAGGAAAAGAGAGACAAAACAAGAGAGCAAUUCAACCGAUGAUUUCGAUACUGUCGUCAAAUACCAAAACUCUAUUCAGGAAAGAGUGGCCAAAGAAAUGCUUGAAUUGACACAUAAUCUCAAACAUAACGUUAGUCUCAGUAAUGAGAUCAUCAAAAAAGACACAGAGAGUUUGGACAGAAGCGCUGGUUUAGCGCAAAAAAAUACCGACAGUCUUAAGACGAAUACCGAUAAAAUUGGUGACUUUGUCCGCCGCUCGUGUCAGUACUGGCUAUGGAUUAUGUUAUUCAUUGUUUCGUUUACUUUCCUAUGGAUUGUUGUAUUCAUACGACUGUUUCCCAAAAAAUAUCAUUAAAUUUGUGUUAAGAAAUGAUUUAUGAAUUUUAUUAUUAUUACGAAUAUUUUGUAUAAUAUUUACAUUAUUUUUUAAUAUACGAGACAACGAUUUAAUGAAAUAAUAAGUUUAUUUA